AGUUUCGCGGGAGGGCUCUUGAGCGCGUAAACCGUAUCCCUUCAUUCAUCAGGCCGUUUCCUGAAGCCAUUUCUAGACGGGAGAAACGAGAGUUGCGCUACUUUUUAAUCCGUUGCAUCUGCCUAAAUGCACUUUCAUAAAGAAAAAUACUUUACAAAAGUCGAUGAAUCAGACUUUCAUCUUUACUUCGGUCUGAUUAUUUUUGUUAUUAUUGCCGCGGAUUAGCAACCAUACGGGCUUGAAAGUACAGAGACAAGAAAGGGGUUACCCCGAAUACGCAAGAUGAGAAGAGGGAUCUCCUCGGCUCCGGACAAAGUGAUUUUAGCGGGGGUUGGGGGCUCUCCUCUGGACAAUAAUAUAAUUUUAACAGCUCUUUCGGAUCGUUUAAACCCCGGACAAUCCAACGCUACGUAUAUCCAAAUAAUAACCACCUCACCGCCUUGCAACGUUACACAGACAUCAAAUGUGUGUUUAUCCGAGCCUCAGAUAAACAACAUUUACACAACUCCACAACAAGCUGCAGCAAACGGAGCAGGACAACGACCCGCUCUGGGAAGACCGCCGGCAAAAAGGCGAUUGGCGCUUGAUGAUUCAGACCACCAGUACCAAUCAGAACCAGCCAGAACUCCAAGAGGCAGAGGAGGAGCCGCAGCCACCAAUGGGACACGGUUAAAGACACCCAGAACACCCAAAUCUCCACCAGAGAAGACACGGUAUGACACCUCUCUGGGCCUGUUAACAAAGAAGUUUGUGGACCUUCUGGCUCAGUCUUCCGAUGGUGUUUUAGACCUCAACCUCGCCGCUGAAACCUUACAGGUGCAGAAAAGGCGGCUGUAUGAUAUCACCAAUGUACUAGAGGGCAUUCACCUCAUCAAGAAGAAAUCAAAGAACAAUAUUCAGUGGAUGGGCUGUAGCCUGUUGGAAGUAGAAGGAGCAUUAAGCCAGAGACAAAGGCUGACAGCGGAAGUUUCUGCGCUGGGAGAAGAAGAGCAGAGGCUUGAACAACUUAUCCAGAGAUGCAGCCUGGAUGUGAGACACAUGAGCGAGUUGCCAAGCAACCAGAAAUAUGCCUAUGUAACAUAUCAAGACAUCAAACAGCUGGGAAACCUCCGAGACCAGACUGUUAUUGUUGUCAAAGCGCCCACAGACACAAAACUAGAAGUUCCAGACCCUGAUGAGAGUUUGUCCAUCCAUCUGACCAGCACCAAAGGUCCUAUAGAAGUAUUGCUGUGCCCAGAUGAGGAGAAUGACCCCAGGAGUCCUGUAAAAAAUGGCAGCACAGAUAUCAAUGGGAACUCUCCUUUCCUCAAAGUCCUUCAAGAUCCCGGCUGCACAACGGCCUCUCCCAGCGCCUCCCUGGCUGCACCUUCCUCCUCCUCAGCUGUCUCCGUUACCACCCUCUCCCCCAUUUCGUCUCCUUACACCAGUCUCCUCCAGCAGACAGAAGACCAGAUCCCUUCAUCCUUGGGGCCUUUCUUAAACCUUGGGCCUCCUCUUCUGGACCAAGAUGACUACCUUUUAGGUUUGGGAGAUGAUCAGGGAAUCAGCGAUUUGUUUGAAGCCUAUGACUUUGAUAAAAUGCCCUCCUGCCUGGAUGACCUCCUGUGCAGCUAGCAUUAGCUAACAGAAAUUCAUAUUUAGUGCAUGGGAGAGAGAUAGAGAAUCAGUGGGGGGUUUGAUGCCUGUGUCUGACUAUGUAGUUAGUGGAAACCAAUUUUAAAUAGUUGCAGGGGAAACAUUUAGGGCUUUUUCAGUCCCAGUGGGACUAAAUGCCAUGUUCUGUCAUGGUGUGAGAGAUGAAUGGCCUUGAAUGCUUUCACACAAAGACACAACUGGUCAGUAUACAGACAUAUCUAUUACUCCUUGUCUCAGGCUAUGUAAGGCCUCCAGUGUAGCUGAGCGUUGGAGGACAUCUGAAAACCUUUGCUGUCUGUUUGGUUGAUUAUAAAUGGUGAGGGUUCACGUCAGCUGGCAUUAACACUCAUCCUGGAUGAUUGGGUUUAACAUAAAUUCAAUUGUAAUUGCACAGAUCCGAAACCAUCAGUCCACCAUCCAUCGACUUCAAGAGCAGGGAAGAGGAAAACUGUGUUUACUGUUAAAUCUUGGAAGGAUGCCACAAAUAUGAGGAUUUGACAGGCCUUUAAAUCUGUUUUGGCAAGGAGAGAAGAAGUUGUUCCCACUUCCUUGUCAGUUGUCUAAAUUCAUCCAGGUAAUUCAUCCUUAGACAUAUACACCAGUUUAAGAUGUGUUAAUGCCAAGUGUGUUGGUGCAGAGGAGAUACUGAAGAAUUCUUAAUGAUUGCAUUCUAUUACACCAGUGAUCUGUGACUGAAUGCUCAUACUGCUGACUGUUUAGUAGGAUUUUUUCAUUUUAGAAAUUAAAAUAAAUAUAAAGUGAAAACAGGGCAAUUUUUUCAUGUAUUCAUGGCUACAGUUAAGUUAUGGUUAGUUGAAGCAGGUUGAGACUUUAGUCACCUAUCUUGCGUCUGUGCCUACCUGUAAGUUUAUUUACUGUAACUAUAAAGUUACCAUGGGUAUGCAUAUUUGGUACAUUUAAGCACGAUUUGGACUUAUAGCGAGUGCCAUGAAUGACUGUUUUUGGUAUGUCCCCAAGUAAAUGGAAGAUAAUGGGAGUGUGUUAUCUAAAUGCUCUUAGUCUUAUUUACUUGUCAACCUCAUCACCCUGUCAUCUCCUGAUCAAUUAGGGACCCUCAUAUUUUGUAGAGUGCAAAUGCAAAAUUAUUCAACAUAAAAAAACCUUGAAUUCCCCAGAAACUUUUGUUCUGUUGCUAACAGAGCCCAGAAAAGCCAUCACCUGUGGUUAAUGUGGGGUUAAGCAAAAACAUCUGAUGUACCUGUAUAAAUCAGGCCUGUUAGGAUACACAAUGCAAAAUCAUCUCUCACCCGAACUCUUAUUUGUGAAUUCAGGACAGAAACUCCAUAUUUCUUGCUGCUUCUCACCUGUCUCCUCCAUCGUCAUCACUAGACACUGUCAUAACCAGACUUCCCCUAAUGCCUCCUCAGUUAGACUGUGUGCUGUGAAAUUAUACUGUGGUUUGAGCUUAUCAGAAAAAUUUGACUUUGAACCACUUAAUGCACACUGCUUACUUAGUGUGUACUGAAAGCAGUGUAGGAGACAGGAUAGGUGAGUAUUAGUCUUUUUAGGUUUAAUAAGUGUUGAAUUUUAAUGGAUUUUAAUACUGUAGAAAUAACUAAUAUCAUGGUCACCUAGGAAACAAAGGACCAGAUAGCCACUGAUUGAGGCUGCAGCAUGUAUGACAGGCUUAUUUUUCGCUGUAAUAGGAUAUUGAAAAAAAUUAUUAAAAAAAAAAAAAAAAGACCUGUUUUGUAAUUUAAGCAAAUUCAGUGCACCCAAGUCUUGGUGUCAUGUGUUAUCAAUGGCCACUGACUCUUUAAACAGUGGCUAAUCAAGAAAAGCUUGUGGACUUGGUGAAGUAAGAGCUGUAGGGAUGUUUUUUUUCCUCUAAAUAUUUGGAACACUGUUGCUGUUCACUUGAAAUAGCUUCUUGUGUUUGAUUACAUCCCUGACAAUAAUGGACAGCAAACAUCCUGUCUGAAAACCUAGCUUUUAAACUAGAGAAACCUGCGGCUGCAGGAAAUAUUGCUGCUGUUAGUGUUAACUUCUCCCCGACCUAAUUGAUGUGCGCUUGAGUAAUUGCGUGUGCAGCAUGUGUGAGUUAAUGUCAAAGAUCAAGCUUGCUAAAGAGUAAGCCUGCCAUGUGUAAUAUGAUGUACAGUUUUCUAAAUUUUUCAGUGCACAAGGUACUGUAGGCUACCUCUCACUCAAUGUUUGACAAUAGUAAUAGGGCAUAGAGGUAAAUGCCAUAGUGUGUAUGAGUCUUUGAAUUCCCCUUUGUCAUAGAAAUGACCCUUACAUUAUUUAGAUGUGAUAUUGGAUAUUACAUCGCACUUUUGUCUGUUGAGGUGAGCGAGAUUCCACUCAUACCGUGUUAUAAUAAUGAGAAUGCCUUUGAUCUUACAGUCUCAUGCUGUCACAUCUUAAAUUUCAAUAUUGGGGUGCACAUUUGAUGGAUCGUUAAGUGGACAAAUAUAUUGCAAUAUUUUUUUUUUUUUUUUUGGUAUUUUCCAUAAGUUAUUUAGUUCUUCCAUGACUUUUUUUUUUUUUGGUAAUAUGCAGAGCAUCUUUUAGACCCCAAAAUAGUACACAUUCAAUCAUGCAUGCAGGCAUUCAUUCAAAGAUAGCCUAUCAUCCAUUUACGAGUCAUUAAGAGACAUUGCCUGAAUGUCUGUACGUGCCACUGAACCAGGGUCAGUGACUUGGUUGUUCUCUGCUGAAGUGUGUAGGGAGCUGAGCUUUGCUUCUGUGACACUGUUGUAGUUUGGGAUCGUUAACCUGAACCUCACCCAUUCAGUUGAGGAGAAAACACUUUCAAAGUCAGCAGAGCUUUGCUUAAUUUGCGCCACUGUCAUAAGUGAAUGAAAUUUGACUCACGCACAGAAAUGUCCUGAUUCACAAAACACAAUUUCACUAUAGGCAUAUUUAUAUCAGUGUGUUUUAUAUGUAUUUAUGGAAAAGUCCAGCUCAAUUUUUUCCCCAUUUUGGUUCACUAACCACAGUUGUGGUAUUUUCUAAGUCCAUUUACAUAGAUAAUUACAUUUUCAUCCAUCUAUUACAAGCGACCAGAAUCUGGUCACAAUAUUUUAUCCACUUUUAUGUGAUGGAAACAUGAAUUUUGGAAAGAUUGUACCUUUCCAUGGGUUUCUAAUGGAAUGUUAAAGAUUGUAAUGCACUGCUAAUGCUAGUUAGCCAGUGAGUCUGUAAAUGUGUUAUGGGUGACUCUUAAAAUGACAGCUCCUUCAUUUCUAAUGUGUGAUUCUGAUGUGUGAUUAGACCUUGCAGAAAGUUAUCAUUAGGCUAAAUGUGGUGUUAACUAUAGUCAAGAUUGAAACAGCACUGUUUUUCCUGCUAUUUUCCUAUGGUUAUUCUUAAGCUGUUACCAAAUACAAUGUACUGAUCCAUAAUAUUCUUUAAUGGUUAUGUGAAAAGUUAACUAUUUGAUGGGAAAGAAUUGACUGUAAAAUUAUGAUAUUGAUGCCUGUUUCCACCAAUUACAGAGAGUAAAAAGAGCUGUAAUGUCACAUUACUUUUUUUGCAAUUUGAACGCAUGGGUGAAAGUAUUGGUGUGCUGUUGAAUGUGUAAGGUAAACUAAUUUGAUGUUUUUUUUCAUGUGUGUCAUUCAGUUAUAUAAACUGUUUCUUUAACAUCUGUUAAAUGAGGAAUUUGAGUUGUAUUUGUUUGGGGGGGAGGGGAGGGCAAAUGGAUUUGUUUUUGUACUCUGGGCGUUUGUAAUUGAAAAUUUGAAUAAAGACAAUAUAAAUAAG